AUGUGCUUUAAAGUUAACGAAAAAUACCAAUGCCAGCACGUGAAAGAUUCACGUAUAGACCCCUCGAUUCCUGAGGAUUGCCCACAAGCUGUAACGGCAAAUCGCCGGCAUAGAACUUCAGGGCACCUGCUUCCUUGCAAAAAUCCUCCCACGAACAAUACCAUAACCGGCGGGUACUGCGAGAGGCCCCAAUGCCAUUUAUGGAAUACGGCUGGGAUUGUUGUCAAUGUUUGUCCCAAAUCAAUUCUGGGAUCGCGAGAUGCACGGGAUGCCGUCACCCAGUCUGUCCAGCAUGCAUUUCAGCUAUUGGUCUACAAGAGGUUGUGGGCCAACGGGGAUAUACUCAGCAUUUGUAUGAGCGACCUGCGGCGAAUGCCGAAUCCCCAUGGAUUUGGAGCGAAGAACAUCAGAGAUAUUACCGUUUUGAAGGUGAAGAAACCAUUUGGUAUGAAGAAGGCAAUUGAGGUCUUCUGCGGGCAGGUCAAAUUGCAAACUUUAGUUCCUGGUAUACAGUUUCUUGGAAGCCCUUAUUAAUGCUUGUCACUAGCUCGCUAUCAAAAGUUGUUAAACUGGUUUUUUUUCUAGGUUUGCGUUCAGGGUUACAUUACCUGUUUUGAAAG